AUGAAGAAAAAUCUUCAAGAGAUUCAAGAGAAUUUAAAUUCCAUUGAAGAGGAACUCUCACAGUUACAGGAACAGAUCGAUCACAAGGACGGCGUGACAUUUCUGAAGGAUGAAGCUGGUCGGGAGAGCAGUGCGAGUGUUGAUACUGAAUCGUUGUCAGUGACAGACGCUGCCCCGGCCUUUGAAACGAUCUAUCGCCCCUUUGUGUUGAACACAAUGAUAACAGAAAUAUCCGAUGCCAUUAAGCGGUGUAGCUUUUCACCUUACGUCUCCGUCACCCUGGAUGUGGAAACAGCGAGUCCGUGGCUCGAGGAGUCUGAGGAUCGGAAGAGGGUGAGAAUUACCGAGACCGAGAGGAGUCUCCCAGACACCGGGAAGAGGUUUACAGACGUAGCGUGUAUGCUGGGAUCGGAGGGAUUCACAUCGGGGAGACAUUACUGGGAGGUGGAGGUGGCGGGGAAUCGGGACUGGUGUCUGGGAGCCGCCGCAGAGUCUGUGGAGAGGAAGAGAGGUGUCACACUGACCCCGGAGACUGGAGUCUGGAGCAUCUGGCGAGAGGCUGAUGAGUUUGUUGCAUUCACCUCCCCUAAAUCCCGUCUCCCCGCCCGUACCAUACCCGCGAUGGUGGGAGUUUAUCUCAGUUACGAGUCCGGGACAGUUUCAUUUUACGACGCGGACACCAAGUCCCAUCUCUACACCUUCACUGGGAUUAAAUUCACGGGGAAACUUUAUCCUUUCUUCGCGACUUAUAACGACCAGUGGCUGAGUAUCUGCUCCGGUUACGCUCCGGGUGUGUAAAAGGGUCGGGUCCCGGGACCGGCGUCAGGAGCGGGGCUCAGGGGCUGUGGGGUUGAAACCCGGUGGACAACAGGUCGGCGCUGAACGAACGGCUCCCAUUUA